UUUGACAAUGAUGAACUAGAAAGAUUUCUAACAGUCUGCAGAUCGUCUGACAAUGAACACAGGGCCUCAUUGGGAAGGUCAGUCAAGGUGACUGUAUAAACUUGCAAAAUGCUUCUAGUCGCAGUGAACUAGACUGUAAACAACUUCUGCGCUUUAUAGGAAGGAUUCAUUGGGUUUGGAAGAUAAGACUAGGAGGUUGUAUGACAAGUCAGUAAUCGGAUUACCUGGAUUGUUUGCAAAGAAUGAUGAGCAUUGCCCUUUAAAGAGGUGCAGUGACUUGUUUGGAUUUAUACUCACUGGAUCUCUCCCAAGUUCUUGGAGCCUAUGGUGUUGAAUAUGUGCAAAAGUGAUACAGCAAUCUGAUAUCAGUAGUGAUUUUGUGUCCCGACCAGAGUUUUGGCUUCUUGAUUGCUGUCUGUGCUCCCGUAGCCCAGAUGUGAUCGUUACCAGCCUUACCGAAGAAGGUGUCACAGUGCGGCUCUUUGUCGCACUCCACACGAUAGCUUACUCCAAAAGGCAUCUCGGCCCGAGUGUCACAAGAUGGACAGUAGCCACACUCGGGACGAUACCAAUGCACCAAGUUACGACAGCAGCGACGAGUGGGAGAUAGGAUUGGGUAAUCUCAUCAUCGACCUUGAUGCUGAUCUGGAGAAAGAUGGUCACCAUGAAGGUGCUCCUGCGCAUCUGGAUGCCAGCCCCAUGAAGGUCGGCAAGAUGAAGAUCAAACGCAAAGUUAGCAGUAGUAUCACCAAAGGUGAAGGGGUGUCUCCUAUCACCGUUCGCAAGGACUCGAAUGCAAGCACAGGAUCCUCGCCCACUAUGGACGAUGUAUCUGGCACUUACGCCUCUCCGGAUCGGUCGGGGAGGACCGAAGACCUGAUUGGAAAACCGAUUAAGAUUGUUGCAGCACCCUGCACCCAGAGUGGAAGUAGCAAUAGCAGUGGUGCGAAGCGAGAGAUGAAUCCCGGGUUAAAACUUGAUAAGCUUGUCCCGAACCUUGCAAUUAAACCCAUGGCAACCAUGAGCAACACGUCGCAGUUAAAGACUCCCAGUACGAACCUUCUCAACCCCUCUCCUGCUACCACGUCUAUACCCCCUCAGAACACCCCUCCAACCAGACCUAGCACCCUGCACCUUCCUGGAGAAGGGAACAGUCAACAGAAGAGCCCUGGUGAGGAGGGGGAAGGAGAGGAGGUUAACAGUAAGAAGACAAAAAUGGAGAAAGACUGUAAGGUGGAUGGUGCAGUCGGGAAGAGGAGUGGAGAGGCCAGCUGUAGUGGAAGGAAACAUGGAGGAAAGAAGGCUAAGGUUGAUAAGGUAAUAACUUUAUUCUCAUUUUACAUUAAUUGAUUUUUGCAUCCUCUAUGUCUGUUGGGUCAUGUUUAGUAUUUUGCUAAUUUAUUUGUGAGUUUUAAUUUUUGUGCCUUAUCCUCUUCUCUACCAUUACUGUUCCUCUUCGUUUUAUCUGUUCAUAUUUUUUUACUAUCACUACAUUUACAUUUUUUUUAAAUUAUUACUUUUUGUAAAUUACAAAAAAUAGAAAACAGUAUCUUUUAGACAAAUCCGCACAUGAUAUUAAGCCAUAAUGAAGAAGUUGCUUGUAUUUAUUUGUUUUGAAUCUGAAAGCAUUACUUGCAAAAUAGGCCUGGGAUGUUAUCCACUGAAGCAGUCAUUCAGGUUUAGCUUCUCUGAAAGUCAAAUGCACUUGAGUGUCAUCCCACGUUUCUCGCUUGGAGUGGCUGAUUAGGUUCAACCUCACAACAUCCCACGUUCAAUCCCAAGAAUGUGAUAAUAGACCUCAUAAUCACUUGUGAAGGGCCUUCAGCUUAUCGCCGCUUUGCACCCAUUUCAUUCAGAGUUGCUGUCUCCCAUGUUGCAUGAUUCGCCGCCGCAGUAGAUGAAUGAUAAUCAUUUCCAAUUUCCUUCCGUCUUUUACUGAUGGGUCAAUUUGCCAUGUUUUGGGAAUCAGGGGAAGGGGAGACCUCAGAGAAAUUACAAUUAUUUCAUGGUAUUGAUUCACUAUUGAAACAAAUUAGCUUUUAAUUGUUAUUCUCAUGAAUGAGGCCUACGUAGCAUGUGCAGAUCAUUGAUAGAAUUGGAAAUCCUUACAUAGGUAAUCAGAUACACAGGGUGAUAAUUUUUUUAAAGUAAUCGGUAAUGAUGAUUAUCGUGUCAUGUACCACCAUUGAUAAUAGUUAAUAGUACUUUGUAAACCUAAUCUUCACACCUCUCGGAAUUGGGAAAGCAUUCAAGAAGAAUUUUUUUUCAAAAUGAAUACAUUCUGUAAAAUUCCUUACAGGCUAAAUGGGAAUGUAUGGCUGUUUUCUGAUCAAAUAUUACUUGGCUUCAGCCUGCUUGCUGAGGGAUCAAGAGGGAUAGGUGGUGUGUCACCCUGUAUAAGCUUACCCUAAAUCUAGGGGUCAUUCAGAGGGGGAGUGUGCUACUCAUUUC